GUAAAUCACAUGACUACGUUCACGUGAUCACGCACCGGCGAUCGACCUCGAAAACAUUGUCACUCUCAGUGGAAUUGUGCCUUAUUUUAGUCCAACGGGCGAUGUCAUAGAGCUAGAAACAUGACAGCUUUGAAGAUCCUGAUUUUGGGUGUCGUCUGUGUUCAGCUUUCUUGUGGGAGAGAGUUCUCUACCCUGAAUCAUAUACGGAGCAAGACGCCAUCUGAUGUCCAGUCAACGGCUGCAGCCGACCUCAUCAAGCGGGUCAUCGGGGUCAGGGCCUCGGAUUUCCUGGUCUCUGUGGACCCCAGUAUUGGACCCAAGAACAGGGACACAUUCAAGUUGGUGUCAAGUGGCGCCAAGCUGUCCAUCACGGGGACCAGUGGUGUGGCGGUCGCCAUGGGCUUCUACUACUACCUCAAGUACUACUGUGGGGGGCAGUUCACCUGGGCGGGACAACAGGUCGCCCUGCCAACAGUACUGCCAGUUAUUGCAUCUCCUGGAAAAGUGGUCACUUCCAAUGAUCAGUUUCGGUACUACCAGAAUGUCUGCACUGUCAGCUACUCCUUCGCUUGGUGGGACUGGGCUAGAUGGGAGAGAGAGAUAGACUGGAUGGCCUUGCAGGGCAUCAACCUGCCCUUGGCCUUUACAGGACAGGAGGCCAUCUUCCAGAGGGUGUACAUGGCUAUGGGCUUCACUGAUAAAGACCUUGAGUCACACUUUGGUGGAGCAGCCUUUCUAGCAUGGGCUAGAAUGGGUAAUAUACAUGGUUGGGGAGGCCCAUUGCCCCAAACCUGGAUGGAUGCUCAGCUGAUACUCCAGCACCAGAUAGUGACCAGGAUGAGGUCGCUUGGUAUCACUCCAGUCCUGCCUGGGUUUGCAGGGCAUGUUCCUGCUGCCAUUACAAGGGUGUUCCCCCAAGCUAAUGUCACGAGACUUGGUGGAUGGUCCAACUUCCAUCAAAACUAUUCAGAAACCUAUCUGCUGGAUUUCAGUGACCCGUUGUUUUCAAAGAUAGGUGGCAGCUUCAUCAAGGCAAUGGAAUAUGAAUUUGGUGUUGACCACAUCUACAAUGCUGACACCUUCAAUGAAAUGACCCCACGAUCAAAUGAUCCAGCAUACUUGGCCGCAGCCGCUAAAGGAGUCUACAAUGGGAUGUUGGCAGGCGACACACAAGCUAUCUGGCUGAUGCAGGGCUGGCUGUUCAUGGAGCAGGGGUUCUGGAAGCCUCCCCAGAUCAAGGCCCUCCUCACCGGAGUACCACAGGGCAAGAUGAUCAUCCUUGAUCUCAUAUCGGAGUUAUACCCCAUCUACGCCCGCACCGAGUCCUACUACGGCCAGCCAUUCAUCUGGUGCAUGCUGCACAACUUCGGGGGCACCAUGGAGCUGUAUGGAGCCCUGGACAAGGUCAACGGGGGUCCUUCCGCAGGCCGCUCUUUCCCGAACACCACCAUGGUGGGCACGGGUCUCACCCCGGAGGGCAUCAACCAGAACGAGGUCAUGUACGAGUUCAUGAAUGAACAAGCGUGGAGACCUGGACCGGUUAACCUGCUUGAUUGGAUCGACAGCUACCAGAAGCAGAGGUACAAUGGGGGAAACAAGUUCACCUCUGUAGCCUGGGCUCUGCUGAAGUGGAGUGUGUACAACUGUUCUGACACCCAUCGGGAACACAGUACAAAUGUCCCAAUCACUACACGACCGAGACUUGUACCUGAACUUGCACCAGAUAUAUGGUAUGAUCCGGAGCAGCUUUACCAGGCCUGGGACAACAUGGUUCUGGCAUCAACGACUCCAGCCCUGGGGAACAACACACUGUUCACGUAUGACCUGGUGGACGUGACCCGCAACAGCCUACAGAUCCUCUCCUCCAUGUACUACCAUGACAUCAUCGCCGCCUACAACACAACCAACACCUCACAGCUCCAAACGGCAGGCCAGAAGAUGGUUGACCUUCUGAGUGACCUUGACACACUUCUUGCCUCCGAUGUUCACUUCCUGUUGGGCACGUGGACAGAAGCAGCUCGGCAGUUCUCACUAGAUGUAAAUGAUACAAUCUUGUAUGAUCUCAACUCUCGGAACCAGGUGACAUUGUGGGGUCCUACUGGACAGAUCAGGGACUAUGCAGCCAAACAGUGGUCUGGCUUGAUAAACAGAUACUACAAACCUAGAUGGCAGUUGUUUGUUGAUAGCCUGGUCAACUCCACUAAAACGGGCAUACCAUUCAACAAUGUGAAGUACGACCAGGACACAUUCAGCACAGUGGAGCUUCCAUUCUCCAAUGACCACACAGCCUUCCCUACCACGACUACUGGAAGUUCUGUGGAUCUAGCAGCCAAGUUCCACCAGAAGUACCGGUCAGAAACCAAGUCCAAGUUCUUUUCCCAGUUCCCCAGAAAGUCUGACAGAACUUCUGCCUUCUCUAAACAGCUGGCAAGACAAUGGGGGCGAGCUCUGGCUUAAUGAGGAGCAGGGGGGUGAAUAUAUCAGCCUUGAAUCUGCCCCGACAUCUAUCAGUACGGCAAUACCAUUGGGUUGGUGGAGGGUAUUUGUUAGGCCGACAAUGAAGCAACAUUUUGUGAAGCUCUCGUAAAAUCACAAAUAGAGUAAGAUUUCCUUCACUAAAGAUGUUUUUUACUACAGUAAGCAGUAUUUACAACACCAUUUUUCAUGUCAUAGAUGUAUAGAUUAUUUAACAUGGGUACUCAACCUUUGUCACAUGGUUAAAGGGGACAUGCAGCUUGACCGUACACAGAACCACCAAGAGAUAUGUGAUUUUCUUGAAUGGGUAACUCUUGAAAUGGCCUGUUUGUUUUUAUGAAAUGGUCAUUACUCUGAAUAUGCCUCGGUGUAUAAAUGAGUGUAUAUAACUGUCGUUUAGUGUCAAGAAGCUUGUUAUUACCUGAGGAAUACUCACAAUCACAAAUGUAUCUUGAGGUUCAGAAAAAGCGACUUCCUGUGAGUUUUAAAGACUACUCAAUCAUUGACUAGCAGGGUACUAUGGUGCACUGGUGGAGAUAACUAAACUGUAAUGCCUACAGAGACAUUGUUAAUAUCUUGCUAAUCAUGCCUGUACUUAAAUUGUCCCCUCUGCUGGCUUCCUUUCAUGACCUCACUUCGGCAAGGGUCUCGUCUCACAAGUUGCAAAGUUGGGUGGGGGGUAAGUGGUUAAGGUGUUGGCUCAUCAGGUGGGAGAUCUGGGUUUGAUUCUCCUCAUGUGCUAAGCCCACUAUGUCCAGGUUAUGUUAUAUAGAGGGCUUAAUGCUAAAAGAGUGUAACUCACUCAAUCACUGAGUCUUCAUUGUCAGUAUUUGUACUUGAUGUGUUGAUAUAUGCAAUACUGUAAAUGUUUGAGGUGAUGUGUAAAUAUCUCGCCAAACAUGGUAAUGGUCACUUACCCUGUCCAUUGUCUGAGGGUUUGUGACACUAUCUGCAAAUCCUGACAUAGUUAUUUUUGUAUCAUUUUGUUUUGAGUUUAAAAUGAGUUGUCACUGAUCACAUGUGUGUUUUAUACAUUUUGUGUACUUUUUGUGGGAGUAUUUUUCAAGAUGUGUACAUUCCCUGGAAUAAACUGUGAUACCUCUAAAUGUCUGGUGUUGCAUCAUUCAGAUGGUUAUUCCAGAGAGAUAGAAAACAGAAUAUAAUAAUAUGAUUGUGGAAUCUGAUUGUACACUAUGCAAAUAGAUGGGGGAUCUAAGUGUUUAUAUGCAAAUAGAUGGGGGAUCUAAGUGUUUAUAUGCAAAUAGAUGGGGGAUCUAAGUGUUUAUAUUCAAAUAGAGGGGGGAUCUUAGUGUUUAUAUGCAAAUAAGGUUUGUGGAUCUGGUAGCAGAAUUUCAUUCUUAGUACAUGGUUUGAAAUAGUUUUCGAGAAUUUAAGCCUCACUCACUCACUCACUCAUUCAUAAAGGGUUGGUUUUAGAUAUUGUUCAUGUCCAUUUGAUAAAAUGAGAACCCGAAAAAUGAAAGCAAAACAUUUUUUUUACAUUUUAUUAGAUGAAAAUAUCUACAAAUAAAGUGUUUUGACAGUUAAAA